GUACACCUAUAAAGCAGAGCUUUUUCAACAACAGACUUGUGAGGUAAUAUCUGUGGUACUGCCUCUUUAACAUUCGGAAGUUAAUCAUACAGUAGCAACAGGCCGGUGUUAGGAUGUGUCAACACACAGGAUGCAAAGUUCACAACGGAUCAUAAUGUCCACUGUUUGAUAAAAAAAAAUAAAAAACAAGUGAUCACCACAACAACAAGAAAAGUUGUACUUUGUAGGCACAUGCACAUAGCAGGAACAUGAGUGAAGACAGGAGGUUUCUCAACUAUGUGGUUUACCGUCCACUUGUUAUCAGUAGCAUUUCACUACCUCGCGAGGGAGAUAUAGAAGCCGGCAGACAUAUGCAGCAACACUGACAGCAGCAGCAGGAGGAAAGGGCGUCAAGCGUUAUUGCCUGCCGGAACAUCACAGCAGUGAAAACUUCCCCAUAGAGGUAGUCCAAGGUGCAGGAAGAUGGGUCAGAAUUGGAAGAUGCUGGCUCUAAUGGCAGUGCUUCUGAAUACUGCAAAGGGACUUGCCACGUCUCAGUGUGGGGAGGUAUCAAUCGAGUCACCUGUGGUAGUGCUGGGUUCCUCAGUGACCGCCUCCUGUGAAAUUGGAGACAAUUGUACUUUCUUUGAUGGACAGGAUAUUCAGAUAGAAUGGCACCUCAACGAUGAUCUUAUUCCAAAGAGUCAAUACACAAACCAAAGCAGCCGAAAGUCCAAUUUAACCAUCCCAUGUUUUAACACAACCCAAGGAUAUCUGUCCUGCUUUGUCGUUCUUCACGGACAGGCUCAACUUGCCGAUGUUAUUCAGAUCACAGCCGGGUACCCACCUUCAAAACCAAGCGAUUUAAACUGCAAAACCAAUCUCACUGAACCCAUGACUUUUUCGUGCACAUGGAACCCAGGGAGGGAAACUAACCUCCCAACACAAUUCACUCUGCACAAGAAAGACAGUUGGCUCAGUUGUACAAAAUCGUUUGGGACUGUCUCAAUUCCAUGUAAGGAAGGACAUUCUUGUACGAUGCUACGUAAGGAUUUUUAUCUGUAUCAUGAAAUGGAAAUUUCAGUAACAGCCCACAAUGCUUUAGGGAAUAACACUUCAGAAGCUAUUUGUCUGGAUUCAAUGGAUGUUGUAAAACUGGACCCGCCAAUUAUUGUAUCUGUAGAAGCCAGUCAGGAUAAGUGCUUGAAAAUUGAAAUGGAAAUGCGAAAACCUGAAUGGCUACCAGCAAAUAAAUGUUCAGCUAAACUUCGCUAUAAGCAAGCUGGUGAUCUACAAUGGACAGUGGAACAACCAAAAAAAAUGGGUGGAGGAACUCUGAGACAGUGUGGCCUCCUUCAUGGUACCGAAUAUCAAUUCCAAGUGCAAGUCACAUUCGGAGCAGGACACUGGAGUGAGUGGAGCGUUGAGAAAACUGGGUGCACUCAUGAAAGCGCUCCCUCUGGAAAGCUAGAUGUGUGGUGGAAGGUGAGGGCUGGGGAAUCCGAGAGAAGCACUCAAGUGCAGCUUUUUUGGAAGCCUGCAAACCAGUUUAGAGCAAAUGGUAAAAAUCUGUUAUACACAGUGUUCUUUCAAACGUCGACAGGAAUCAGAAAUCCUCUCUGCAGCACGUCUGAAUUGCAUUGCGCUUUCCUUCAGCCAGAACAUGUAAACCGUGUGUACAUUACAGCUUCUAACACUGCCGGGGAGUCAGUCCCUACUGAAGUCUGUCUUUAUAAAAAAAGAGCUCUGGAGUCACCAGUAAGCAUCAGUACUUCAUUAUCUGAUGACCACAGCCUCUGGAUCCAAUGGGAAGCCCCCAAGUCGCUGCCUGUUACCGGCUAUGUGAUUGAAUGGUGUGUGGUGUCUGAAACUCUCCCCUGCCGUAUCUUUUUUACGUUAGUGCAGCACAAUUGUAUUAAAACUCUAAUUACUGAAAACAUUGAGCCCUUUAAGUGUUAUAAGAUAUCAGUGUAUCCAAAAUACAAAGAUGGGUUUGGGCUCCCUGUGUCUGUGGAAGCAUACUCCAAACAAAGAGCUCCAUCAAAAGUUCCCAAAUUGAAAGUAGAGGACAUUGGGGGUUCAUAUGCAGAGUUAGCCUGGGAUUCAGUACCAGUCGAUGAGAGAAAUGGUUUCAUCAGACGCUAUACCAUUUUCUACAGUGACAAGGAAGGGAAAACAGGUAUGAGAGUGGUAGAUGCCCCUGAAAUGAGAGUGACUCUGGAAAAUCUGAAACCGUCCUCUGAGUACAAAGCAUUCAUAAUGGUGAGCACUGAUGCAGGGAGCUUAAAUGGAACAGUCUUGACCCUAAGUACUACCAUAUUGGAUCACUGGAGUGUUAUAUCCACCAUUUUGUCAGCCUGUAUCGGCCUAACUUUGUUCUUACUAAUUACUGCAUCAGCCUGCUUCAUAAAACAUGACAAUUUAAAGCUGAAUAUUUGGCCCAUGGUGCCAGACCCUGCUAACAGCAGCAUUUGUAAAUGGACGCCACCUUCAACACAGAAGAUGAUUCCUCAUCUACCGGAUAUUAAAGACCUUUCCACCUCAAACUUCUCUAAGGUUAGCGUCCUGGAUGUUUCUGCGAAGAUGCCUGAAGAAAAAGACCAGAAGCAGAUAGGUAAAGCUGAAGAGGCAGGUAGUCGAUCCCGAGGAAACAGCAGCGGGCUUGGAGAGUCAAUCCAGGAUUCAGUCUUUUACAGCAGCAGUGACGACAUGAGCCCCAGGGCCUACCAGAACACCCCUAGGGUAGAGUAUUCCUUGGUCGUUUGCAACGGCUACAAAGGCCAGCAGAACCCCAAGUACAAGUACUUGAGGUCUGACUCUACUCAACCCCUUCUCCAUGAUCUGUCCCCAAGCCCAAAUCAGUGUGAAAACAUCUGGUUCCAAGCAGCCAAAGAAGAGGUCUCCAAGGCCUGUCAAGACGAGGAGCCUGGGGAGAAAGUGCGUAUCGCAUCCUGGGAUGACUUCCCACUGUUGAGAGGCCUGAUGAUUAAUGAGGAGGCUGAGAAAGACAGUGCUCCUUGAACAUGUGGAAACAGGCAUUAACCCUCCCACCUACAAGUUUGAGUUUGGGGUUAUCUUCCUCUUUGCAAAUCUUUUGCACAUCACUUUUAUAAUGAAAGGAGAAUUCCACUUGGGAGUUGUCUUAUAGUUGCAUAUUAGCCUGUUAUCUAACAUAUCUUGCAAAAUGUAUCUGGGUUUACACAACACUACAAUAUUGUUUUUUGGCAAUCACAUUUUCGACAAUCAAUGAAAAGUACAAAAAAAUGUAGUUAUCUUAAAACUCUUGUCUUAGAUGUGUCUAGUAAAAGGCACUGAGGCAGAAGACAUAUUAGGAAAAUAAACUAUUAUUUAUUAACUAAAUACGUUUUUCUGAUUUAGUGUCGUUUUCAAACAGAUACUCAACCAGUAAAAAAUACAUUCUGCAGACAUCAAUAGUAACUGGACUUUGCAUGACUGAAUAUAACAGCUAGAUUUGAAGAAAAAAUCAUAUUCUUAUGUGUGUCUUUUGUUAUGAAAUUGUUUUUAUAAAGAUCUUUUGAAUUUAUUGCAUUUCUCUAUAUAAUUGUAUAUGUUUAUAUUGUUAUGAGUUUAUGUGUCACUAAAGUGUUUAUGGUGUUUUUUUAAACAAUGUAAUUUAUGUCUGAGUUACUGUGUACAGCUGGUGAAGUUAACCUGUAUCAGUACUACAGUACAUUAUACACUCAUAUUGAACUAAAACAGAUUUAUUAAUUAGUACAUAAAUGUAACACAGAUUUCUUGGUACAAAUUUGUAUUUUUAAGUCCAAAUUUCAGCUGAAAACUAGUAAAAAAUAAAACUUGGUUUUGUGAACCCUAGGAUUUUCUGGGGUAGAAAUCAGUAAAACUUGCAAAGAAUUCUGUGUCUCUCAAAGGAAACUAUGUAUCUAAUUUUUCACAAGUUUUCUGCUCAAUUUUGGUGGUUAUUACAUCAAAGAUUCUGGCAAACACUUAAAUGUUUUGUUUUUAAAUGUUCUAUUGAAACUGAUGAUUACAGCAACAAAGGAAAACAGGGCACAAAGACUCUUGUGGCACAGUUUAUUUGUUUUUUAAUUUAAGGAUACCAUUAGCACAUGUCAAUUUCUUGACUGUUAGAAAUGCAGUUUCAUGAAAAUCACUUCUGUGUGUUAGCUUUGUGAUAAAGCCAUGCAUGUUUGUUUGUCAGCUCUUCCAUGAUUGGAUAGUGCAAUAUUGUAUCACUGUAUUCCAAACACUGCUUGUCCAAUAGAUUCUCUCCUUCUGUGAGUCUCCCAACCUCACACAUUUUACUUCACCUACAACACCAACAACACAAAGCUAGUUUUUCACUUUUUUCUUUAUAUUAUGCAGUAUCGAUUUUUUUGUUUGUUUGUUUGUUUUUGACAUGCUCAUUUUUCUUUAUAACGCCUUUAAUUCAUAAUGUAUUCAUUUGAAGUAGUAAUUAAAGAUACAUUCAGUUCUUCUAGCGUAGGUUCAUGAUAAUGCAGGGUGUCUGCUCAUUCACGGUAAGGGUUUGGGGUUUAAUAUGAAAAAGUUUGGAAUGUAUAAGUUUACUCCUUAUGAAUUCAGGUGUAAUAAAUUGGGGGUUGCUAUAAUUGCUUCAUUGUUCACAGUACCUCAAAUACAGCAUUACCUUAUUAAAAUACCUCUUUUAAUUUUACGGAACACAGAGAUACAUCAGUAAAUGAUGUGGAUUCUUAUUAUUGUUGAAACUAGACUGAAAUGUUCAGAUUUCCUGUGAGGACUAUGCAUAGAUUGGGUUCUCCAUUAAAACACCAGUGUAUCACAUGGUGGAGGCAAGCAUGAUGUCCACACUUGUUACUAUGCCUGUAAGAUUUCCAGUAGACACUGCCAUUAAAAUGCAUUGUACUGUACUCUAUGAUAAGCUCAUUCUAGAGAAUGCAAGCUCUAUUCACAAAACUUUCAGGACUGUUACUUUAAGGAAUGAUUAUUUUAAGGAAUGUUUAUUUUAAAGACUGUUUUAGAGUGGUAUAUUUGACAUUCCUUGAUACCAAUGAUAUGUGACCAUUACUGAAGGGGUCCAAAUGUGCUUCACAUGUCUCUUAGGUCGUUCACACAUGCUGUUUUAUAUAUUGUUGUAUUUGAAUGUGUUUUCCGGUGAGAAGUUGUUUUGUAUACUGUGUUUAGGUUACAUGCAUAUGUGUGUGCGUGUGUGUGUAUGUGUGUGUGUGUGUGUGUGUGUGUUUUAUGGAUUUACUGAAUAAAAUUAUGUUUUGAAAUUAAUGUGUGUACCCCCCUUGUAUAUCUAUAAUCAUUUCAAAAUGAUAAUAAAAUACAAUGUCUUUGCA